AUGAAGAGAAAAUUACCCAAGGUUAAGGUUAAUCAAGAUCUUGCAGAGCGAAUCUUGGAGAAUGAAGAAGCUGAAAAUGAAAAGAAAGACAAUGAUGGACUAUGAAAUUGAUGAGCAAUCACAAGAGUUUCUUGCUUUACAUCCAAUGGCUUCCAAGAAGCAACCAUCUUUGGUUGUGGAACAUUUUGAACCUGUCAUGGAUAACAAGGAUCAGAUAACAAGUGAUUCUGAUGUCUCAGAAGCAUCGCAAUCAUCAGAUGACUUUCCUGUCAAUCAUAAGAGUAAAAGAAAGAAGUCACAAGGUCCAAGAAUGUACGAAGUUAAAGAUAAGCGGCAUGCAGAAGCAUUUUGGAAUAAUGUUUCACUGGCCAAGGAAGAUUCUCUUCCUAUGGGAGAGAGGGUGAAGGCUCUCCAAGGUGACCAAAGGGUGUCGGGUUUACCAAGUGGCGUGAAGUUGGGGUCAGGAGGGUCACGACAGAUUUCUUUUAUUUCCAGAAGUUCAGCCAAAAACAAGGAGGAUGAGGAGAAAUUGACUCGGCGUGAGAAGAGAGGAGUUCAGUUAUUAGGUCUGAAGCCAGAUAGAUCAAUGUUUGGAGGCCGAGGUAGAGGGCGUGGGAGAGGAAGGAGAGGCAGGAGGUGAACAUGUCUUGCAUUUAUAUUGGUCAAUUUUCAGUUCAAUGCUGGUCAUGAUCCUGCUAAUGGCAUCUCUUGGACCCGUUGGAUGCAGCCCUAUGGUCUGAUUAUUCAAGGAAAGCCGCGCUGCUUAGAGUUAGGGUUGAACGGUUAAGGGGGGAUUGUUAAGGGGUGGACAAUUUUGUCUUCUGCAUGGUGUAUUAAUUUUUUUAUAUAAGGGAAAUUGAUUAAUUUAAAACAAUUACAUCAUCCUUGGCCAGCAAUACCAAACAUAUCUUCGGAUAAAGGAGUAGAAAUGUUAGAUGGGGGGCAAUCAAUACAUGUAAGCCUAAUGUUAAAUUUUCAUGGUGUGGUCAACCAAUUUGCACACAUGAUUGGCUUUAUGAUAUACGUGAGUAUAAAGCAAUCCCAGUUCCUUUAUAAAA